AUGUCCUCUCGGUCUAACAUCUCUGUUGAGCUGCAAUAUCAGGAGUUUCUGGAAGAGGUGAUCACCUUCACUCUUUGCACAAUCAUAUCCUGCGUGUUUCUCUUCAUUAAUGGAACCAUGUUGUUCACUCUGAGGAGUAAAUCUGUGUUUCGGGACACCUGUCGGUAUAUUCUGCUGUUCAACCUCCUUCUUGCAGAUACUGUACAGUUAUCACUGAGUAUGGUUCUAUUCCUACUUGCUGUUUGUAGAAUUAAACUAACAUAUCCUUUAUGUGGUUCUAUAACUUCAUUAUCAAAUCUGACCAAUGUAAUCUCUCCUCUCACACUGAUGGUGAUGUCUCUGGAGCGCUGUGUAGCUGUCUGCCUCCCUUUGCGGCAUGUGGUCAUCAUCACCAUCACCAACAUCAGAAUGGCUAUUGUUGCUCUCUGGGCUCUCAGCUCUUUACACAAUUUCACUCGUAUUGCUUUGCUGUUAGACUUUCCAUUCAAAGAUCUAGAGACUCUGCAGAUGGAACGUUUUUGCUCUGACUUUGCUAUGCUGCUUGGCCCCAGCUCUAAAGAUUAUGACAAUGCCUUCACUGGUUUUCUGUUUGUUUCAGCCGGCCUAAUAGUAAUUUCCUCCUAUGUUGGUGUAAUUAUAGCAGCCAGGUCGGCCUCUGAGGGCAAAUCUUCCACCCUGAAGGCUCGUAACACCCUGCUGCUACAUCUGGUGCAGUUGUGUCUCAGUCUGUCCUCAACUGUUUAUAACCCAAUCAUAGGACCCAUUUCAAAAAUCAUUACAAGGGUAGAAUUCAGCCGAUUACAAAGAUUUCUAUAUAUAGUCAUUAUUAUUUCCCCCAGAUGUUUAAGUUCUCUCAUCUAUGGCCUUAGAGAUCAGACCAUCAGACCCGUCCUCCUGCAAAAUCUAUGCUGCUGA